CGUCCUACGGCCCGGUAAUUGCUCGACGUCCGACUGUCCAGCGCGGAGUAUGUGAAUCGCAUGCAUAUACACGAUUUCCGACCAGACAACCAUACAAAUUACGGGCGUUCCGACAAGCAUCCUUGCAACGCAAUACUAUACGGACAAUGGCUUGCAUAAGAGAUCUGCCUCCGAGCGGAUCAACUACAUCGUCCGGAGAGACCUCCGCGUCCAGAAAUGAACCUAAACCCGGCGUCUAACCUCGAUCAUGUUUGCCCUUCGAUGUCAGUCGCUCACGUUGAAAAGGUUGCAGGGGAUGUCGGACUCAGCCAGGUGUCGCCCCCCCUCUGACGACUCGGAUUCACGACCACCGCCCGCAAGAUGACGGCGACGAGCAACGCUGACGCGACGGGCGCGACCAUCCCUUCCUUUCUUUCAGCACUCACAUUCGGCGUGGCCGUUUUUAUCGCGUGUAUCACCAUAUUCUACUGCCUUCAUACCAAAUAUCGCAACAUAUACCAACCCCGCACGUUCCUUACUCCCGUCCACAAACGCCCCCGUCCUCUCCCACUGUCCUUCUUCCCCUGGUUCGCGGCUCUCGCGCGCGCUCGUGAUGCCCACAUCCUCGCCAUGAACGGCCCUGACGCCUACUUCUUCGUCCGUUUCAUCAGGCUGCUCUGCAUGAUCCUCAUUCCGGUUUGGGUCGUGGCCUGGGCAGUGCUCAUGCCCAUCUCUGCCAUCGCGCCCAAUGGCGGACAGAAGGGUCUGAACAUGUUCGCAUUCGGCAACGUACCGGCGGACAAGCAGAUCAGGCACGUCGCGCACUUGGCCGUCGCGGUCGUCGUUAUACUCUACACGCUCUUUUUAAUAUAUCGUGAAUACACGCACUUUGUACUCAUUCGUCAUCGGCACCUCUCCGGGCCCGCGCACACCCGCCUCGCGCGCGCCCGCACGGUGAUGCUCACCCACCUCCCGAAACCGCUUUGCACCCCGGAAGCCCUCCGCGCGCGUAUCCCCUCUCCCGUGACGCACAUCUGGUUCCCGCGCUCGACUCCGGGGCUCGACGCGCUCUUCGCCGAGCGCGAGCGCGAGUGCAUCCGACUCGAGAAGGGCGAGGGUACGCUCCUCCGGCGCGCGGUCAAGAACGUCAACUCCAACAAGGCGCCCUCGCCUGAUGCCUCUGGCGAUGCGGAGAAGGGCGGGAGAUCGUUGUACGCAACGGCGAGCCGGUUCGUCGCGCGCGAAGACAUGCCGACGCAUCGGCUCGUGAAGUUCGUAGGGCCGAAGGUGCAGACGCUCGACCACUCGCCAGCCCUAAUCAAGGAACAGAGCGAUCGUAUCGAGGCUGGGAGGGAGGCUUAUCGCGCGGCGCAACGAGGCGAGGAUUGGGCACAGAAGCGGUAUCCGCUGACGGGCGCGGCGUUUGUGAGGUUCGAGAGGGUGGAAGACGCGCAUGCAUUCGUGAGGGACGUCGGGCCUGUGACCGGGGUGAAGGGCUUGAGCGCCGCGAUGGAGGUCGUGCCGGAAGACGUGAUCUGGGGAAACUUGGGAAUGUCGCGUAGCGUGCAGAUCUUCCGCUCGGGUGUCAGCUGGGUGCUGACCAUCGCCCUCAUCGUGCUCUGGGCGAUCCCUGUUGCUUUCGUUGGCGUUGUGUCGAACGUCAACGCACUCUGCAGCGAAGUCCACUUUCUCUCGUGGAUCUGCAAGCUUCCGGCGCCCGUUAUCGGCAUCAUCGAAGGUGUCGUUCCGCCCGUGCUCCUCUCAAUCCUCUUCGCGCUCCUGCCCAUCAUCCUGCGCGGGAUGAUCAAACUCGAGGGAACGCCCCGACAUUCGGAGGUUGAGCAGGCGCUCUUCCCUCGUCUGUGGCUCUUCCAGAUCGUCCACUGCUUCCUCAUCAUCACUUUCUCUUCCGGCCUUACCAUCUCACUCUCUCACCUCCCCAAGACAACAUCCGACAUUGUGAUACAACUCGCGACGCACCUCCCGGGCGCGGGAAUGUUCUUCGUCACUUACGUCACUACGAGCGCCCUUACGAUGGCGGGCGUGGGUGUCGGUCAAGUGGGAUCUCUUGCGAUGAGGUUGAUACGCAAGUUGCUCGGUAUGACUACGCCGAGGGAGGUGUGGGAGACCGAGUGGGGGAUGGGAAGGCUCGAGUUAGCCGCAAUAUGGCCUGGUGUGGCCCUGCUUGGAUGUGUCUCCAUUGUCUAUUCGGUCAUCCAGCCCGUCGUCAUCGGGGUCGGCGCGGUCGGUUUCGUCUUGUUGUACGCGACGUACAAAUACUUGAUGAUGUACAUCGUGGACCAAUCUGAAGAGCUAGAGACGGGUGGCAUGUACUAUCCUCGUGCGCUCGGGACCGUGUUCGUCGCUCUGUAUCUCCUUGAGGCGUGCCUUUCCGGGCUGUUCUUCCUCAGCACCGACCCCACCACCGGAGGGAGAACACUGAUAGGUCUGAUCGGCGGUUCCGUCAUGGCCGGCACGAUCCUAUUCACGGCGUCCGUCCAGAUCUGGAUGGAGCGCUGGCAAUUCCCACCUUCAUCGUACACAUUCCUGGACGUCAAGGCGCACCUCUUCAAAUCCGGUUCGGUCGCAUGGCUCAAUCUCGCCCUCGAUGGCGGUAGCGUUGCAGCCAGCACCACGUCCGGCUCCACCCCGCCCACGUCCCCGACCUCGCCUACCUUCUAUGGCGGGCUGAAGGAAGAGCAUCUCGCCGGCGCGCAGUACGGGCGCACGACGGGGCUGCACGCGACCGCGUUCGAUCCACCGUCGACGUGGAAGGACCAGAGGCUGGUGUGGAUUGCGGACGACGAGCAGGGUUUGGGUUUGGGCAGGGCGGAGGUGAGGAGAUUGAGGAGGGCCGGUGUCGGCGCGAGUUGUGAAUGGGCGAGGAUGGAUGACCGGGGUACGGUGGAGGUGGCGAUGGGUCCGCCAGACGAGGCCUGGUAUGGUGGGAUGACGAUUGCUUGAAAUUUUUCAGUAAGAGGAACGGACGGUGGACGGCGAUCAGUGUGGUGUUCUCCUUUGACGUCGUAGUUCUUUGCCCAUUAUAUCUUAUGUAAUAUCUACUUGUUGGACGUGUCUCUAAAGUCAAGGCGAACCCUCUGACAAUGGUAGGAAUCAG